UGACUGUUUUAACUAGGCCUGGUGAUACUGUGCUGACGACGCCGACAAAUGGAAGCGAUAUAUUCGCAUACUUCCAAACCAGUUGAAGUGAACAUGGCCCCAAAACAGCCCAAACCAAAUUCGAAGAACCUCAAUACUACUGGAAGUCCCGAUUCUAGCUUGGAAGAGGAUGGCGCUUCCAUCCACCAUGAGGAAACUGUCGGCAGCAACGCCAAACCAUUAUCAGACAACGGGUCGACAGAGACACAACAACCUCCGUGGUCAUGGAAGCGAGUUAAUCAACAUUUAAGACGACGAUGGAAGAUUUAUAUUCUGGUUGUGAUUGCCUUCCUUGCUAUACUCCUCCCUCUACUGUUUACCAUAAUCCUAUCCGCAAUAGUGCAACAGUUUGUAGAUAAUCGAGUUGUUCUUCUUGAGCACGCAUUUGUACAGCUACAGGGCCCUGACACUAUUGGACUCGACGCAAAUGCUACAUUUACGGCACCACUUCCAGUUCGUCUCGGCGAUCUGCCGUUGCGUUUGAACGGGCUACAUGAGAUGGGUUCACAGCCUUCAUUCAUCAAGUUCAACGUCCCCGGAUUCCACGUCAGCCCUUCUACCCGCGCACAAGUCGUCGGGUCGCAGCUAAACAUCAGCAACGAAGCAGACCUCGUCGAUUGGGCGCUACGGUUUGUGAGAAACGAGACGGUCCCAAUCAGUGUACAGAGCGAUGACAGGUUGUCGAUAUUUCUGAGUAGCCUCAAGUACUCGCCGCAGCUGAACACGACGAUUGAUGUCAAGGGCUUGUCUACGCUGGAUGAGAUUACGAUUCCGACGCUAAAGCUAUUGAUUCCUGCUGUCGAUGGAAAGAAUAUCAAUGGUGCCAUCAGUUUAAACAACACCAGCUCUCUCAGCGUCAAUGUUGGAGACAUUAUGCUGAACCUACUGGUUAGUGGAGUAAAGGUAGGUGUCAUCUAUUUAAGAGAUGUCAAGCUAGUGCCGGGUGUCAACACGUUGCCAAUUACAGGAGCAUUGGACAUUGGCACCGUUCUGGCUAAUAUUGGGAACAUACUCGGUGGCCAAACAGACUUGCUGUCCGCGGGCCGCAUCGUGGUCAAUCUCACUGGAAAUACCACUACUGUCAAUGGGCAGCAUGUCAGGUUUGUCGAUACACUAUUGCGGGCACGGCCGCUCUCUGUCAAGGUGACUCUAGAGACACUCAUCAAUACAGUCUUGGCAACUGCAGUGGAUAUAGGGUCGGGUGGUAACAUGAGAGGAGCUGUACAAAUCACAGCAUCAUCGCUUCUCGGUGCCGUCUCCGACAUGGUUUCCAAUAAAACACUUAUCGACCAAAUGCUGGGAAAUUGGAACAAACAGUCUACCAGAGAAUAG